AUGGAUUAUUACAACUUAUUAGGUGUAUCUUGUCAUGCAACAGAUGAUGAAAUUAGAAAAGCUUAUAGGCGUUUAGCUUUAAAGUGGCAUCCUGACAAAAAUCCGGAUAAUCGUGCUGAAACAGAAGAAAUGUUUAAAAGAAUAGCUGAAGCUUAUGAAGUCUUAUCAGAUCCAGAUAAAAGACGAAGAUAUGAUACUUAUGGAGUAAAUGGAGCCAAUUCUCCUGAUAAUAAUGUUGAUUUUGAUGAAUUCCACAGACAAUUUAGUAUGGGUCAUGCUAGUAGAAUAUUUGAAGAAUUUUUUGGUACAGAUAAUAUAUUUGAUAUAUUCUCAGGGAAUGAUAUAUCCAGUAGAUUUAUAAGUAGAAAUAUGUCAAAUUCAUCUCCAUUUGAUAGAUUACAAUCUGAGAUGUUUGGUAGAUUUGGACAAUUUAGUAGAAGUUUUGGUUUUGAUGGAGCUACUCAUUCAUUUAGUAGUACAUCUUUUUCAAGUGGUAUGAAUAUGACUGGAGGCUCAUCAAGAUCCAUUUCUCAAACUACAAGUGUUAUAAAUGGUAAAGUAGUGACUCGCACUACUACAACAGAACGGUUAGCAGAUGGAACUACACGUGAAAGUAUUCAAGAAAUUGAGGAUGAUGGAAGAGGUAAUCGCAUAGUUAGAGAUUUAUCAGGACCAUCUAGUAUUGAGAAUCAUUCAAGAAUGCUUCAAGGAUCAAAUUAUCAUUUAACUCAAAAUAGAAGUGAUACUCCAUCUAAUUCACUUUAUCGUACUAGAUCUCAAAGAAAAUCAAAUCAUUAUUUUCAUAAAUUUUGA